AUCGCUUCCGCGACGUACCUAGCCAUCUUUCCAGUCAAGCAAAAGUGAAUUGUUUUCAGCUUUAGUCUUAUUUAACGGAACUUUUAUUAAUGUCAGAGCCACAGUCCGCGCUUCUACUACGAAAACAAUUAGCAGAGUUAAAUAAAAACCCAGUUGAAGGGUUUUCGGCAGGCCUCAUUGACGACAAUGAUAUUUAUAGAUGGGAGGUACUUAUUAUUGGACCUCCGGAUACAUUGUAUGAAGGCGGAUUUUUUAAAGCACAUUUACAAUUUCCAAAAGAGUAUCCACUUAGGCCGCCAAGAAUGAAAUUUAUAACUGAAAUUUGGCAUCCAAACAUCGAGAAAAAUGGUGAUGUAUGUAUAUCGAUUUUACAUGAGCCUGGAGAUGAUAAAUGGGGCUAUGAAAAAGCAUCAGAACGGUGGUUGCCAGUUCACACAGUUGAGACAAUUCUCAUAAGCGUUAUUAGUAUGCUCGCAGAUCCAAAUGACGAAAGUCCUGCUAAUGUGGAUGCUGCCAAAGAAUGGCGGGAAAGUUAUAUAGAAUUUAAACGAAAGGUAGCAAGGUGCGUCAGAAGAAGCCAAGAGGAGUGUUUGUAGGGGAUGAAUAAAUAUUCAACUGGAAAGACUUAUUUAAUUCUGGCAAUUUUAAUUCAGGAAAGCCGUAAGCACUGGAAGAAAGAAACCGAUGCUCGACAUAAAGCUAACGGAUAACAGUGCCACUAAAAACGGAUUAAGCCUGACCCAUCCUUACGCAGAGAGAGGGAGAAAGAAGGGGAAAAGAGUUGUGCGAAGAAAAAACUAAUGA